UCAUCUUUUUUUUUUCCAAUUGAAAUUUUCCUUAGCCUUGUCGCAUCAGUUUACAAGUGUGUCGCAUUUGCUUGUAUAUUCGUCUACACUAGAUUUUGAUGAUUCCCGUCCACGAAGAUUGCAAGAUUUUAACUAUUUGCCCAUCAUUGAAACGACAAGGAGAAUUCAGCAGUCUAUAGACGUUGCCCUACAUGGCGACUUUUGACGAUGCAGCGCUGUUGAAGCUGACAACAAAGAUUGAGAGCAAGCUCGGCGAACCUAAGGACCCCCAAAAUAAGAAGGACCAGCCCAAGAAGGAUCAAAUCAAGAAGGAGUUAGGGAAGAAGGACCAGGGCAAAAAGGAUCAGGGCAAAAAAGACCAGGGCAAGAGGAAACGAGACCAAACAGUAGACUCUGUUCAACCACCACCAAAUAAGAGGAAGAAUACAGCAAAGCCAGACUUCAACAAGAGCCAUGAUGCCAAGCCCAAGCCCCAGAAGAUUCAAAAACCAAACGCUUCCUCGGAAAAGACCAGUAUCAAUACCCUUCUUGAUGAGAUAAAAGCUCUAGGUGGAGAUGAAGAGGACCUGAAGCUGGUGGGAGAUAUCAACUCGGAGGAUGAAGAACUCGACAAUGAAAAAGGGAAGCGGAAUACUGACAAGGCCCUACGUGCUGAAUUGGCCAAAUUCGCUGCUGGUCUCGGCUUUGAUGAAGUAGAGCCAGAAUCCGAGCCCGAAGACUACGAUGAAGAUAUGGAAGAAGCCGAUGAAGUUGACGGGGACGAAGAGAAAGAGGAAGAGCAAGAUAAUGAGGCCGACGAAAAGCUCCUAAGGGACCCAAAGAGAAAGACGAUCUUUGAACCUCGUCCUGACUGGCAUGCUGUUAGUUUAAGAAGUCUACCGACUCCAUCCUCUGAAAAUGUCUCUCCCUACACAUCCGCAAUCAAAGAACUCAAGGCAUAUGCCAAAUCUCUCCUAGACGAGGAUAGCACCGAAUACAACAAGUCCCAGUCAAAAUCAUCAUCUCACAGGUUCAUGUCUACCAUCAUGUCUUCAGGUACCAUGUCAGAUAAAGUGUCUGCCUUAACCCUAGCUAUUCAGGAAUCCCCCGUACACAAUAUCAAGGCUCUCGACAACUUGAUAAGUCUCUCCGCAAAACGAAGCCGUGGGCAGGCUCUCUCCGCUCUGGCUGCUCUAGUGGAUCUUUUCGGGCCUGGAAUGAUUCUACCAUCAGACCGACGCCUACGUCUGUUCUCCUCACAGCUGGGCCUUGCUGGUACUCUACAGAAAUACGAGAUGAAUACUUGGUCUACAGGUCAGGCAUUGCCCGGGAAGAUUACCAAGGAGCACUUGAUUUCGUGGGCAUUUGAGGAUUGGCUGAAAGAUGCUUACUUCAAGGUGAUACAAAACUUGGAGGUCUGGUGCGAUGAUGAGGUCGAGUAUGCUCGUACCAAGGCCGUCGAUCUAGUAUUCGCCUUAUUACGCGACAAACCUGAACAAGAAUCCAAUCUCCUACGCCUUCUAGUAAACAAGCUGGGCGAUCGCGAACGCAAAAUUGCCUCCAGAGCUUCUUACCUACUGCUUCAACUCUUGAACACCCAUCCCGGAAUGAAGCCAGUGGCUAUACGCAACAUCGAACAAGAUAUUCUAUUUCGCCCAGGGCAACAUAUCCGCGCCAAGUAUUACGCCAUCAAUACGUUAAAUCAGACUAUAUUGAGCACCAAGGAACCGCAGAUUGCAGACUCGCUACUUAAUAUCUACUUUGGUCUCUUCGUUGCCUUGCUCAAGAGCGGCGAGCUUAAUCAGCAUGAAGGCAAUCCUACGGUUACAAAAAGAGAUAAGCGCAAAGAGAAAAAGAGAGCUGGGGGUGAUUUUCCAAAGAAAGUGGAAGAAAAAAACCAAGCAGGCUUAACAGAGCCUGAGGCCGCCGAAAAACUCGUGUCGGCCAUCCUCACUGGUGUGAAUCGAGCAGUGCCAUUCUCGCUAGCUGAGCAGUCUGUACUCGAAACUCACCUUGAUACACUUUUCCGCAUUACACAUUCAUCCAAUUUCAACACCAGUAUUCAAGCUCUCAUGCUUAUCCAGCAACUAUCAAUCAGCCGACACCUUGCUACAGACAGAUACUAUCGAACUCUCUAUGAGUCGCUGCUGGAUCCACGCCUGAUCACUUCCUCAAAGCAAGCUCUGUAUCUCAACCUUCUGUAUCGAAGUCUGAAGAGUGAUGUUGAUGUUCGUCGUGUAAAGGCCUUUGUCAAGAGGAUGUUGCAGGUCCUGAAUUUGCACCAGCCCUCUUUUGUUUGUGGCAUUCUGUAUCUCAUCAUUGAUCUCUGCGACACGUUUCCAGACAUAAAAACAUUGAUGAAUGAACCAGAGGAACAUGAGGACGAGGUUGUCCCAGGGGUGGCUACAGAUGCGCCCAUUGAUACAACCAUCGAUGGACAUGAGCCCGAGUCUAAAAAGAACGAGAACGUUUAUGAUGGCCGAAAGAGGAAUCCGGAAUUCAGUAAUGCGCAUCAAAGUUGCUUAUGGGAGUUACUGCCGUUCCUCAGACAUUUCCAUCCUUCUGUCGACGUGUUUGCCUCGAACUUACUCAGCGGGCAGAAGGCUGCGCUAAAGCCUGAAUUGGCCAGUCACACACUUAUAGCAUUCUUGGACAAAUUCGUGUACCGCAAUGCCAAGGCUGUCGACACAACCAAGGGUGUAUCCAUUAUGCAGCCUGUGGCUGCCAGUGGCCAUGAUAGUAUCCUACUAUCCAACAGACCCUCCGUCAAGGCAGUAGGUAGCACCUUGAACUCGGUAGAGUUCUGGAACAAGAAGAGCGAGGAUGUUGCCGUGGACGACGUCUUCUUCCACGAGUACUUCGCCAGGGUAGGAAAGUCCGAACAGGCAGCGCGCAAGAAAUCCAAGGCCAGCAAGGAUGGAGCAGACGGUGAAGACGAUGAGGAGGCAGCAGAAGACGAGAUCUGGGACGCGCUCGUCGCUUCCCGCCCCGAAGUCGAAGGCGACUCGGAUGACGGGGCCGACUUCGACGAUCUGAUGAGCGACGAUGACGACGAGGAGUUCAAGAAGCAGAUGGAUGAGAUCGACGACGACGACGACGUGUCGGAAGAUGGCGACGGAGUCGAGUUCUGGGAUGACUCUGAAGACAACGGAGAAGAAGAUGAGGAAGAGGAGGAGGAGGGAGGUGCAAAGAUCGCCAAGAAGGAAGGCGAGACGGAGGAGAAGGAGGAGUCGGAGCAUAAGAAGAGGAGGAGGGCUAUCAAGAACCUGCCCAUGUUCGCGUCUGCAGACGACUAUGCAGAGAUGAUGGCGCAGGAUGAUCAGGAUGAGGAUGGAGGAUUCUAGAGUGCCCCGUGUAUAUGUGGGAAGGUGGGAAGUAAAGGGGUUAGGGCUACGCUCUCACUUUGUGUUGGGUUGUGGGAAGAAUUAGGAUUUGAAGUAGAUGAUGCUGCUGCAAUUCAAGAUACCCUUUCUGGAGGUACCGACGGUAACAUAUUAAUUU